AAAGAACUGGGCAGCAAAGCGAAUUCCAAGGCCCAAAACUUCAAAAGAAAGUUAUCAGCGAUUGAACAUGUGGAAAACAUUAAGACAGCGAGAAAGAUGGACAUGAUCUUUGCAAGUGGCGAAGUUGAAUACAGACCUUUGGAGAUUGGUCAAAAAUUUGACCUGACAAAGGAAUUGCGAGACAGUCGUCUCAAAUUGCCUAUCGUCAUGAAGGACCAGCUUUUAUCUAUUUAUCAUACGGCACCCAAGCUCCUUCACAACAUUCGAAUUCUGGGUUACUAUAUCAAUGGUAUAUCAUUUACACCAGAAAAAGAGAUUGUAUGUUGA